UCUUUUCAAGCGCUGCGACCUUGCUGCGACCUGCAGCCCAACGAACAGACCGUCUUGCACGGUUUUCCAACCUCGUCUGACGCUGCAAUCUCGGUAUUAGAACCCUUAGGACGCCAUGGCCUCUGCUUACUACGAGUUCUACCGGGGUUCAUCGAUCGGGAUGGCCUUGACGGACUCCCUUGACGAACUCAUCACGAGCGGACAAAUUACGCCUCAGCUUGCUAUGAAGGUAUUGCAGCAGUUUGACAAGUCCCUGGCGGAUACUAUGGUGAAGCAGGUCAAAGCAAAGACCACGCUGAAGGGGCAUCUGAAAACCUACCGAUUGUGCGACGAUGUGUGGACGUUUAUUGUCAAGAACGGCUCCUUCAAGAUGGAGUCGAACGAGAUGGUCACAGCACCCCGGAUCAAGAUCAUUGCGUGCAAGAACGGCGAUGCGAUAGAGGCUGGGAAGAAGUGACCAAUGUGCUUUCUUUCGCUCCUGUUUCUGCCUGUGUUGUUUCUCCACUGUCGGACUUUGUACACGCUAUUGAUUGCUCUAGGAUGUCUCUAAUUCGUAUCAUGUGCCAUAAUCUUGUCAACCUGUAUCGAAAUGAUUGUUAUCUCUUGUUGUCUAGGUUAGGGAUGAUCUCCUGCUGCUAACGGCAUUGGC